AUGCUCAAGAUGCACUCGUCAUUCGUUGCGUUCAGGUAUGUCAAGGGGUCACCAGAGAAGGGGGAGCUUGGAGACUGCCCCUUCUCACACCGCACCAUGCUGACCCUGGAAGAGAAGGGCGUUCCCUACAACAAGCUCCUCCUCGACGAGCUCAACAUGCCCGAGUGGAUCGCAGAAGUGACAGAGGGCAAGAGCACAAUCCCCUUUGCCACCGAGCUGGAGACUGGCAAGUGGCUCUAUGACAGCGACAAGAUUGUGCCGUACUUGGAGGACAAGUUCCCGGAGCGCAAGCUGGGCAAGCCCGAUGAGGUGCCCCAAGUGGGAGCGAACCUCUUCCCGGCGUUCAUGGAGUAUGUCAAGACCACUGACAAAGCUGACGAGGACAAGAAGCGCGAGGCGCUGAUCGCGGAGCUGAAAUCGAUCGAUUCGGAAUUGAAAAAGAGUGAGGGUCCGUACGUGGGGGGCCAGGAUGUGAACGCUGCGGACCUGAAGCUGGGCCCGCAGCUGAAGCACGUCAUCAUCGGGUCCAAGGCCGUAAAGCAAUGGGAGCUGCCCAAGGAGCUGACGGCCAUCCACACGUUCAUGGAGGCCAUUCAGAAGCGUGAGUCAUGGAAGAACACCUACUACACCGAGAAGUAUGUGGCCGACGGCUGGCACAAGAAGCUGGAGACCAUGGGUGUCAAGUGA